UGUUCAACAUUUAUUAGUAUGGUACCAUUAAAUGGACCUGUCAACUGUUAUAUCAAUGAACAGUGUAAUUCUGUGGACUGUUGUGUCUAUGAUAAGAAGACCCUGAGAAGCUACAAUGUAUUCAUUCAUAUAGAUUCCUGUAAUGAUAAUAUAGAUGUUGGUAUCGAAGGUUAUAAAUUUUCAAAGUCUCUUCUUGAUUUUAUUUGGAAAAAACAGUAUGAUGUUUACCUUGGAGGAAUAUUACAACUAAGUUUCCAACUUGAAGACUUGCCUGGAAGGAGCAGCUAUAUUAUAAACGUGAAAAUAAGCAUAUGUUGGGAUUCUAAAACAGCUUGUGAUUACAGUACUACAGUCCUCGAAAAUGUUAUACUGGAGAAAAAAGUUUGUGAAUGGAAGAUGUUGUUCCUGAAUCAAGAAUUUUCAUUGAGGAAAUGGGAAACUGAGAGUGGAUACCCAGCAAAUUCAACUUUACAUGGACAAGCUUUGACAGAUUUACUUGAAGAAAUUGGUGUUUCUAAGUAUUAUGCAAAUAACCAGUGUAAUAGUAGCAGUCCUCAGUACUUACCACGGUCAACAGAUGGAUGGAACAGUACAUGUCCUCAUAGUAUCAACACAGUCACAAGUUUGCCAGAUAACAUUGUUUGCAGUCUGUCAGAUACAUGUACCAGUGUAGAUUGUUGUAUGGAUGUUGAAGUACUGGACAAAUCAUUCCACAUUUCCUUGGAUAUUGAUCCAUGUUACCAUAGACUGACAGUUGGUAUCGAAAAGAUGCAGUUUAACAGAAGUCUGCAAGACUGUAGUUGGGGUACAACUUUAACUGUAUCUUUGAUGGGAAUCAUUAAUAUGUAUUUUACAAUAGAUGAUUUGCCAGAUGACAAGAUGUUUAUCGUCAGUAUGAAUGUGUCAGUUUGUUUUGAUGCUAACAGUACUUGUGAUGAAGAAAUUGUGAAUAUUCUAAAUGAUGCUCUGUUACCAAAACAACAAUGUGAAUUCCCUGAAGACUUUAUUGUAAGAGACUUUUCUCUAACCAAAUGGAUGUCGGAUAGAGAUAUAAUUCUAACAGAUGUGUUAAAAGAGUAUAUGAUUUAUCAGAUUCUUGAAGAGCUUGAUGUUUCAUCUUUUUUGAAUGAAUAUUCAUGUGAUAGAUUGAAUUCACCAUGGGGACCAACAAGUGAUGGUUGGGUAAAAGAAUGCCCUAAGUAUUUAACACUUCCAUACUUGAAUGGUGCAGAGAGUACAUGUAUUAUCAUGGAUACAUGUACAGGAAUAAAGUGUUGUGUGGAAGCACUAUCUCUUGGAAGAUCAUUUGACUUCUCUUUUGAACUUGAUGCGUGCAACUUCCAGUUAAUCAUUCGUAUUGAGAAGUUUGUUUACAAUGAAACCCUUGUAAAUUAUGUCUAUGGAACACAGCAUCAACUUUAUUUGAAAGGAGUUUUCUUAGUCCAGUAUAUCAUUGAUGAGUUACCAGCUUCAGAUGAGUAUAUAGUGUCUCUAAGUCUUGGUGUAUGCUUGGAACCUACAGAACCCCAUUGUAUGAUAAAAAGAGUUGUAGCAGAUAAAACAAGCUUACCUAAGCCAUCUUGUGAUUGGGACCAAGGAUAUGCAAUUAAGAACUUUUCACUUGAAAAUUGGGCACAUGUAAGAGGCUUAGAUUUUGAUAAUCUCACAGAGCUGGCAAUUUUAAAAGUUUUGAGAGACCUUGGAAUAUCCAAGUUCCUGAGGAAUCCUUCAUGUGACAGAAAUGGCUCAUCUUUUCAGCCUGAAAUGAAUGGUUGGAAAAAAGAUUGUCCUAUAACAACAACACUUCCUAAUCUUCAUCCAGGAAUGACUUGUGUACUGUUAUCAUCCUGUACUACAGUAGACUGUUGUUUUGAUGUCAAUAUAAUAAAUCACUCAUUCAAUGUUAAAUUACAGCUAGAUCCUUGUAAUAAAAAUCUCGUGGUUGGCAUUGAAGACUUUGCAAUUGCCAUCUCUCUUUAUGAUUUUGAAUGGGGAGUCAAACAGAAUCUGUAUAUGAAAAAUGUUGUCCGUAUUGAGUAA